AUGUUGGUCUGCAGGCGACUGACAGGGGCGCGAGCCCGGGAACCUCUGCUUGGGAGUCUCCGUGAGGCUUGGCGCCGCCGCGGCCGGACCGCCUCCUCUUACUCCACUUUCUCUGAGCCGUCCCAGGUGCGGGCGCUGGUCUAUGGCAACCAUGGGGAUCCAGCCAAAGUCAUCCAAAUUGCUAUCAUUGCACUGAAGGGCCAGCUCCUGGAAUUCAGACCCAGUCCUGUAUUCCUUCGUGUCUCAGCAGCCGUAUCCUUGACGACGCUACUGAAGAACCUGGAGCUCACCACUGUGGAAGGAUCUGACGUCCAUGUGAGGAUGCUGGCAGCCCCGAUCAAUCCAUCCGACAUAAAUAUGAUCCAAGGGAACUACGGCCUCCUUCCCAAGCUGCCUGCUGUCGGAGGGAACGAAGGUGUUGGGCAGGUGAUAGCAGUGGGCAGCAGCGUCUCUGGACUGAAGCCAGGAGACUGGGUGAUCCCAGCAAAUGCUGGUUUGGGAACCUGGCGGACCGAGGCUGUGUUCAGUGAGGGAGCACUGAUCAGCGUCCCUAAGGACAUCCCUCUCCGGAGUGCUGCCACUCUAGGUGUUAACCCCUGCACAGCCUACAGGAUGCUGGUGGACUUUGAACAGCUGCAGCCAGGAGACUCUGUCAUCCAGAAUGCGUCCAACAGUGGAGUGGGGCAAGCAGUCAUCCAGAUCGCCUCAGCCCUUCGCCUAAAGACCAUCAAUGUGGUCCGAGACAGACCUGACAUCCAAAAGCUGACUGACAGACUGAAGGAGCUGGGAGCUGACUAUGUCCUCACAGAGGAGGAGCUAAGGAUGCCCGAGACAAAAGCCAUCUUCAAGGCCCUGCCCCUGCCGCGACUGGCUCUCAAUUGUGUCGGCGGGAAGAGCUCCACAGAGCUGCUGCGCCACCUAGCGCCAGGAGGAACCAUGGUGACCUAUGGGGGAAUGGCCAAGCAGCCCGUAACCGCCUCUGUGAGCCUGCUCAUUUUUAAGGACCUCAAGCUUCGGGGCUUUUGGUUGUCGCAGUGGAAGAAGAACCGCAGCCCAGACGAGUUCAAGGAGCUGAUUCUCACUCUCUGCAGCCUCAUCCGGCAAGGACAGCUCUCAGCCCCCGCCUGUUCCGAGGUUGCCCUGCAGGACUACCAGCAGGCCUUGGAAGCCUCCAUGACGCCCUUUGUGUCAUCCAAACAGAUUCUCACCAUGUGAUUACCCCCAGAGGACCAGGAGGAAAGCAGGAGAGACAGGACUGGCUGGCUACUGGCCCCUCCAUGAGGCCCCUUCUCCAGGCUGCUUCCCCUCACUGCCUCUUUUCACUAGGAGGAUGG